CAUGCGCGCGCCGUGCAAACCAUUUGGCGGGUUUUUCCGGCCUGCUCAGUUCUCCCGUCACAGAGAUGCUCCCCGGUGGCUUUUAGGAAGUAGGGCCUUCUCCCCUAGAAGAGUGACUUCUCAAGAUUUCUGCUCCUUUCCUUCAGGCAUUUGGGAGCUUCGGGAAAAAAAGAAAAUAAAAAGUAUUUCUCUGAGACUGACGGCCAGGGCUUUCUGACCGCCUGAGGUCUUGGAUUAUUUGGUCACUUUCGGUCUCAGCCCCCCGGAGAGCGAAAGGAUCAGAGGAACCGCGUCCUGCUCAUCGAUCUCCACGGCCGUGGGUUUCUUGGCGUCAGGUCGGAGCUGGGUGGGCUCGGCCCCGGCCCCCGUCCUGGGUCAUCAUGGCCGUGUCCGCCCAGCUCUUGCGGGAGGAGUUGCAGAUCUUCGGCCUAGAAUGCGAGGAUGCUCUGAUUGACAAAUUGGCGGAGCUGUGCGUUCUGUAUGGACAGAAGGAGGAGGGCAUGGUGGGCGAGCUCAUAGCCUUCUGCACCAGCACACAUAAGGAUGGCCUCACCUCGGAAAUCCUGAACUCUUUUGAGCACGAGUUUCUGAGCAGAAGAUUGUCCAAAGCCAGGCCCAGUGCCUCCAAGGACAGUGGGCACGCAGGAGCCAGAGACAUCGUUUCCAUACAAGAGCUAAUUGAAGUGGAGGAGGAAGAGGAGACCCUCUUGAACGCUUACACCACCCCCUCCAAGGGUUCUCAGAAGCGAGCGAUCACCACCCCAGAAACGCCCCUCACGAAAAGGAGUGUGUCUGCUCGAAGCCCCCAUCAGCUCCUCUCGCCAUCGAGUUUCUCCCCAAGCAGUGCUACUCCCUCUCAGAAGUACAGCUCGAGAAGUAACCGAGGAGAAGUGGUUACCUCCUUUGGCUCAACCCAGGGGGUGUCCUGGUCCGGGAGAGGAGGAGCCGGUAACAUCAGCCUGAAGGUCUUGGGGUACCCAGAGCCACUAACUGGGAGCUACAAAUCCAUGUUUCAGAAGCUCCCAGACAUUCGAGAAGUUCUGACCUGUAAGAUAGAAGAACUUGGCAGUGAACUCAAGGAGCAUUACAAGAUUGAGGCUUUUACUCCUGUUCUAGUCCCAGCGCAAGAGCCCGUCACGCUACUGGGCCAGAUCGGCUGUGACAGCAACGGGAAGCUGAACCACAAGUCGGUGAUUCUCGAGGGAGAUCGGGAACAUUCCUCGGGCGCCCAAAUUCCAGUGGAUCUAUCUGAGCUCAAAGAGUAUUCUCUGUUUCCUGGACAGGUUGUGGUCAUGGAAGGAAUCAACACCACCGGUAGAAAACUUGUUGCCACCAGACUCUAUGAGGGCGUGCCGCUUCCGUUCCAUCAGCCCUCUGAAGAAGAUGGAGAUUCUGAGCAAAUCAUGGUCCUGGUGGCCUGUGGGCCGUACACCACGUCAGACAGCAUCGCCUUCGAGCCCCUGCUCGACCUGAUCACCGUCAUCAACCGCGACCGGCCGGACGUCUGCAUCCUGUUUGGACCUUUCCUGGAUGCUAAGCAUGAACAGGUGGAGAGCUGUCUACUGACAAGCCCAUUUGAAGAUGUUUUCAAGCAAUGUCUGCGAACCAUUAUCGAGGGGACACGAAGCUCUGGCUCCCACCUGGUCUUUGUCCCGUCGCUGAGGGACGUGCACCACGAGCCCGUGUACCCGCAGCCUCCCUUCAGCUGCUCUGACCUGCCUCGAGAGGACAAAAAGCGAGUGCAGUUCGUGCCGGAGCCCUGCACCCUCUCCGUAAAUGGAAUGAUCUUUGGCUUAACGUCCACCGAUCUGCUGUUUCACAUGGGGGCCGAGGAGAUCAGUAGUUCUUCCGGAACUUCGGACAGAUUCAGCCGGAUCCUCAAGCACAUCCUGACCCAGAGGAGCUACUACCCGCUCUACCCUCCCCAGGAGGACGUGGCCAUCGACUAUGAGCAUUUCUAUGCCCACGCACAGCUGCCCAUCACCCCCGAUGUCUUCGUGGCCCCCUCAGAGCUGAGGUACUUCGUGAAGGACAUCCUCGGCUGCAUCUGCGUGAACCCCGGGCGCCUCACCAAAGGGCAGGUGGGGGGCACCUUUGGCCGACUCUACCUCAGGAGGCAGCCAGCCGGCGACGGUAGGCAGAGUCCCUGCGCUGCUGCCCAGGUGGUCAGGAUCUGAGGCCAGGCCCCUCGUCAUGCCCAUGUGUGGGCCUCACAGGCACUGAGAGCCCCGGAGUGGCCCUUCGACAAGAUGCCACCUGCAGAGGGAGAGGAGGCAGCCCGGCGGCUAGGAGAGGGCUGCGGGCAGCUGGACCCUGACUCUGAGUCAAACUCCCCUGGAAGAAAGCUGUUGAUUCCCCCACGGACACUCGGAGUUGGAAGGGAACGCCAAGGCUCUGUAGAUGCCGACAUGAAUCAGAGAAACAACUUUUGGAGAAAUAAAAAUAAAUUCUGUAA